AACUGGCAGUUGUCAUUUGAGCUUUUUUCUUGCCAGUUGUCGAUUUUUGUUUUGACAAAACUUAAAGAUGGAAUCAAUCGAUAAUGAUAAUGGUUGUACGCCUUCUUCAAAAGGACCAAAGCCAAUGAUGAAUAAAGCUAUGAAAGCAUAUAAUCAAACUUAUAUUCAGUGCGAAACACCAGAGCCAAAUCUGCAUACUUCUUCAGUAAAGAAAGACAGGAAUGCACGUCGCAUCUUUGUUAGCAAUUUACCUGAUUGUGUAAAUAUGUUUAAAUUUAAAUUUUUCAUCAAUAAACAAAUGCAUUUGGGUGGUCUGUCAAAAGAAAUUGGAAAUCCUGUAAUCAGUUGUUACAUAAACUGCAGAAGGAAGUUUGCUUUUCUAAUCUUCCGAUCUGUCGAGGAGGCUGAAUCUUCUUUAGACCUCGAUGGCGUAGUCUAUGAAGGUAAAAUUUUAAAAAUAUGUAGACCACGCAGUUAUCGUUUACCACCAGGCGAGAUUUCUACUACGCCAAUUGUAGCUCCAUUGGUUAUUAAUGGCCUGACAUCAACUUUAGUACCCGACUCAGAACAUAAAAUAUUUUUUGGAGGUCUAACAGUUAAUGCAAAUAACGAAGAGAUAAAAACCUUAUUUCUCAAAUUUGGAGACUUAAAAGCUUUCUUUAUGAUUCAGGGUCUCGUAAAUGGUCGCUUGGAGUGUUACGGCCUAGCUGAAUAUUUGGAUCACACCAUUACUGAUACCGCCAUAGCUUCUCUUCAUGGUAUAAUACAUGAAAGAAAGAAAAUAUUUGUUGCUCGAUCAAAUUGUAUAAAGAAGACUAGAAAUGAGGAGAACUCUGGUCCACCAACCAGAGUACUCUGCCUGUUAAAUGUUGUAUCGCGUGAUGAAAUACGCGAUGGACGAGUUGAUAUAGAAAUGUUGGAGAGUUGCAAGAAAGUGUGGGAAAGCAACAGAGCAGUACAAAGCGUAGAAAUUCUAGUACCUAUUGAAGGUGCUUCUGUACCUGGGGGUGGCAAAAUUUUUAUAGAAUUCACAAAUGUGAACUUUUGUCAAUGUAUAAAAAGUUUAUUCGAUAAUAUUUAUUAUAAUGUCUCUACUGUCGUAACAUCUUAUUAUGACGUAGAUAAAUAUUAUCGCCGUGAAUUUUAA